UUCCAACCCCGAAUUUCUGUGAAUUUCCCCCCUUCCUUCAGGCACUACCCAGCCCUGAAGACCUUGGAGCACCUGGAGCAAACGUUCCUGCCCCAGGUGAGCCACUACCGCUUCUGCCGGGCCAUGGUGGACAACAUCCCGCGGCUGCGGCGCGAGAUCCAGGAGCGCUCCAUGUCCGACCUCAAGGACUUCCUGGAGAGCAUCCGCAAGCACUCGGACAGGAUCGGCGAGACCGCCGUCAGGCAGGCACAGCAGCAGAGAAACCUGGACAACAUCGUGUCCCAGCAGCCCAGGAUUAGCGGGGGGAAGAAAUCCAAGAAGGAAUUCAGCGCCAGCUCCGAGCUGGAGGUGAAGAACACCAGCCCCAUGUCGGAGCAGGACUCGGGGAUCCUGGAUGUGGAGGAUGAGGAUGAGGAGGAGGAGGUGCCUGGAGCCCAGGAUUUGGUGGAUUUCUCCCCCGUUUAUCGCUGCCUCCACAUUUACUCCGUCCUGGUGAGGGAAUUUUAA